UGCUUGUAAAGCCUCCGAUAGUCAAUGACACACGGGGCAGCCAGACUUGUAACUAUUGGUGGAUUUGACUGGUGGUAGUCAGCGUGAAGAACAACGUAGUAUCAAUUUGCGGAUCACUCUCCUCGCACCGUCUUAACGCAACGAUUUGACGCCGAAGAAAUUUAUGAGCGGUUUUUAUUUCUCUAUGUUGACAGAUUGGGUUUUUAUCUGACAGAAACAAAACACGUCGACGAAAUCAACUUUUACACCGGACAAAAAGCUCUCCAUAAUAUCGCCAUCAAGUUAGACUUAUUGAAGUUUUAGUUUAUCGUUUGUUCUCCGUGAGAAUAUAUAAAUCACAGUAAUACUGGUUGAUUAAUUGUUGAUGAUUUAAAACGAACAGAAUAGUGGAGUAUUUACAUCUGUUUCAUAACAACUGUGAACAUUUUUGAACCAAUUACCGAAAGAAAAAAAAAACAACACAACAGAACUCUUUGUGAUUUUUGCGAGUCAAAUUAGCAAUCAUAACGAACAACAUUUUUGGAUUAGAGACAGCGGUUUAAAUGAACGCGAUGCUAAUCGCGACGGCGACGUUAUUCCCAGACUUGUGAUUUCUAGUAUUUCAAGACUUUCGUGGCUUUGAAUUCUUGUGGAUUUUAUUUGUGUGUUUUUUUCGUGGAUUAAUCCAGAUUUAAAACUGAAAGAUGCGAAGGUUUUUGGAGAAGGUGGUGAUUGUCUUGGCAAUUUUACAGAUUGUCCAUGCAUCUUGGUGGUAUUUGGGUGUGUCCAGUUCGUAUCAGUCACUAGUAGAGGAAAUCAAACAUUUACCGGGCAGAAAGAAAUGUUCUAAUUUAGCCUUCUUAGCUCCCAGACAGCAGGAAUUAUGUAGUUUAGAAGACAAAAUUAUAGAAGUUAUCCAUGAGGGGGCUUCUAUGGGAAUCGAGGAGUGUCAGUAUCAAUUUCAGACCAGACGCUGGAAUUGUUCAACGUUUAAUACAACAAAUGUUUUUGGACAGAUUUUAAAAAUAAAAAGUCGAGAAACGUCGUAUAUCUACGCCAUAUUAUCGGCUGGUAUCAUGUACAGUGUUACACGUGCAUGUGCUAAGGGUGACCUUGGGCACUGUGGUUGUGAUACCAAGGUGAGACAGAUAACGACGGAUGGAGGCUUUGAAUGGGGAGGAUGUUCCGAUAAUAUACGAUAUGGUUCUAAGUUCUCCAAAGAUUUUGUCGAUUCCAAAGAGAUGAGGUUGAACGCCGAUGGCUUAAUGAAUGUAUGGAAUAAUGGCGCCGGACGAAAGACGGUGAAGGAGGAAUUAGAUCUAAUCUGUAAGUGUCAUGGCGUAUCCGGUUCCUGCUCUGUCAAAAUUUGUUGGCGUAAAAUGAAAACAUUCCGUGCGAUUGGGACUACUUUGAAAAACCGAUUUGAUGGAGCAAGUCUGGUGAAAAUGGACAAAAGAAAGAAGCGAUUAAAACGACUGUCUCGGCUACAGAAACGACCGACAAAAAAAGACUUGGUGUAUCUUCAAGAAUCCCCGGAUUUCUGUGAACACAAUUUGGAAUUUGGAUCCUUAGGAACUCGGGGUCGACAGUGUAAUAAAACGAGCUACGGUUUGGAUGGGUGCAGAUUAAUGUGCUGUGGGCGGGGCUAUUAUACACUUGUAAAAGAGGAAAAAGACGACUGUGAUUGUAAAUUUUACUGGUGUUGCCGAGUGGAGUGUAAAAAAUGUACAAACGUGAAAGAGCUGCAUUACUGUAACUGAACAAACUGGACUUGUGAACGCGGGUACGAUUAGUAAAUAUUUCUGGAAAAGGACAGAAGCGUCGUUUCGGCAAUAUAUAAAAAGUGUUACCAUGGUGUUCAAAGGGAACACUUUCAUAAGAUACUCGCCCAUAGCAUUACCAGCAGACUAACUUAUUGCUCAUGUGUAAAUACAACAGCAUACUUAAAGUCACGUGAGUGUAAAACGUCAUUUCCUGUGUAUGAAUACAUCAAAGAAAUAGUGCAAUGUAUAAAACAACCAAUUUAACCAAUUUGCAUAAUCGGAGAACGAGUGGACACGGUAACAAUAAAACGAUAAAAUAUGCCUAAAGUAGUGCGUAACGAGCAAUUGAAAGGUUUAUUGUGGUUCACUCAAAAUGUCUGUUGGACAAGAUAUGGGGCAAAAUCCAAGCAUGGCACAAACUUUAUGUGUGAAUCAAAAGACAUGGACAAAAUAACUUUAAAAAUGGACGAAUUGCAACCAUUUUCUUUUCUUGUUUGUUUUCUUGUUAUGUUAUCAGAAGAGACAAGGUUUGCUUUAAAUAAUUUUAGAGUGCUUUUAGUGUCAAUGUCGUAGUGGCUAUUAACGAUGAUUCUACGAUAUUAAUAUAUAUAUAUACGAUAUAGAAACGAUGUUAUUAAAGAUAUAGGUGUACAUUUUAAUAUUGGGAAAUAACGUAUUGUAAAAUGUUUUAAUAAUUUUUGAUUUGUACAUAGUGUAAAGAGUAAUAUGUAAUAAAAGCGUUAUAAAGGGUC